CUUAUUUCCAUAAAAAAUUUUUGUUGAUAUCCUUGAAAAAAAAAUCUGUUUUCUCAUACAUUGCUUAAACCAAAUAUUAGUAAAUAUUUCAAUAUUGAAAUGCAUAUUCGAACGAAUGAAGUGGUUUCCCUGAUUAUUCGUGAAAGAUUUGGACCAAUAAUAGAGAAAGUAGUUCAUGUUCUUCAUACUCAAAGUACAUCAACUUUAAAGGAAAUAAGACAAAAAACAGAACUUCCUCUAGAUAAGGUAAAAGAAGCUUUAUGUAUUCUGAUAAAAUAUAGGCUUGUGUCAUUCGAACCAUCUGAGAAAUACACUAAUGUUGCAUAUUACUCAUUAUGUGUUGGAAAUAUAAUAUUGAUGUUGCGUUAUCCAAAAUAUAUGAUCGUGAUAAAGAAAAAAUUUGGUGAUCAGUCAGAAAUGAUUAUAGAAGAAUUAUUGCAAAAUAGUUAUUUGACUGCCCAAAACAUAAUCCUGAAUGUAGCUGAAAGAUUGAAAUGUGAUAAAAAUGAACUCUGCCAUAUAAGGGAUACAUUUUGUUCUCUAGUUGUAGCCAAAUAUAUACGAAAACUACCUAAAAAAAUAAUUAAUGAGGAAGAUGAACUCCAAGUUCCUACAUUUGAUAAUUCUGAAGAAGAAGCCUUUUCUACACCUACUGUUGACUUGAAAUUAUUAACUCAAGUAUACAUAAAGAAAAUAGAGAAAAAAGAAUUACCUAAAGAUGAUUAUUGGAUUGUGAAUUUUGAUAGAUACCAUCAAGACAUGAGAGAUCAAUGUAUUGUGGAUGCUUUUGUUAACAGAAUUGAUGAAAGUGCUGGAACCUUUGUUGGAUUACUUCUUCAACAGAUGUAUAUCCGAACAGAACCUUGGGCUGAUUCUUCAAAUCCUGUACCAUUAUCUGAAAUUAAACAUAUUCUUACAAAGAAAAUGAUAAAUCCAAAUUUAGUAACUUUCUUUGAUCAAUAUGUAAAUGUUAUUGAGCAAGAUAACCACCACAUUGUGGUCAGAUCUGGUGAGGCAAGUGGUGGAUCUUUCCAAAUUCAUCUGAAAAAAGCUUUUACUGCACUGGCAUGGGAACUAGUGGAGCAAGUAAUCCUACAAAAGUUUGAUUCAAAAGCUACCAGAAUAUUCAGGUUGGUUAAAGAGAAAGAGUAUAUAGAUCCCGAACAACUUCAACAAUUAGUAAUGAUUCCAUCCAAAGAUGCUAAAAGAAUUUCAUAUCAAUUGGUACAAGAAAGAUUCCUGAAAAUGAGAGAUUUUAAAAAGCCUACUUCUAAUAGUGGACCAGUUAAAUCUGCGACAUUAUUCUAUAUAGACCUCAAUACAGUUGUAGAAAAUUUGUAUAGUUUAAGCUUCAAAACUUUACGAAAUAUUAUGUUAAGAAGAAAUCACCUUUAUGACACUAAUAAAAGACUUUUGGAAAAAAAACAAAGAUGUGAUAUGAUUGUCAUGAUGAUGAAGACACAGGGUGCUACUGCGGAACAAAUAUCGGAAUUUGAAGAAAACAUUUCUCCUCCUGAAAGAGAGAUUAUUAACAAUGUUGAAAGGCAAAUGAAAAAACUCAGCUUGGCGGAAUUAGAAAUGGAUAAUACUAUAUUCAUAAUAGAAAUGUAUCUCAAAUAUCAUUUCCACAAAAUUCUUUAUUAAUAGUAUUCUAAUAAGUAUAUUUCUGGAAUGAUUACCAUAUUAAUUUUGUUAUAUACAUAUUUUUGUGUUUUUUAUUAAUCUUAAAUCGAAAGUUUAGCGAAAUUAUGACAGGUAUACCUGAUAUAAAAUGACAAUAUUUUGUAUAUACAACAGAUAAGUAAAUAUGAUCGAAAAUUU